UUUGGUCUGUAUAAAUAGCUUCCUUUUUAAUGAUCAUAUUCUGGAGGAUCGCCUGUCUGCCUGCUUGCUGACCUACUAAGUAUCUACUCUGACGACAUAACAUUUAUAUUCUCCAACAUGACAUGUGUUACCUUCCUAGCUUUGAUAGCAGGUACAAUAAUACUGCACCAAGUCUCACAAAUUAAUUCACAACAUUGUGACAGUGGUUGGACUUAUGUUUCUGAUGGCUGGUACAAAUACAUUCCCGCAAAAAUGAUGUGGGCCGACGCAGAGGACUACUGCCAACAGCUUUCACCUCCUGGACAUCUUGCUUCCCUACAUAGUAAAAAGACAGAAGAUUCCUUGAAAGAACUCAUUUUGAACAUUGAGAAAUCUUUACCAUGGACAUGGAUAGGUGGCCAUGAUAUGUUUAAGGACCGCAAAUUCAUGUGGACAGAUGGCUCUCCAUUGGACUAUACAAACUGGCUCUCUAAUGAACCAAAUAACUACCAAGGCACAAGGGAAGCUUGUAUGAUGAUGAACUAUGCUGACUCUAACCAGUGGAAUGACGCAGUCUGCGCUACCCCGAUGUCUUUUGUAUGCAAAGCUUCCAGAAUGCACAGAAGUUGAAUAGCACUUCAGCAACUGAUAACCUUAAAUAAACAUUCUGGAUAUGAUUCCUGAAUUAAGUCAUUUAUUUGCUUGCUGCACACAUAUUCCUCAGCUUUGUGGCUAAUAAGUCUAAUUAUGAAAUUAUUUUAAAUCUUGAAACUGUCUGUAUUAUGUGAAAUUUGAGGUUUUGGAAAAAUAUUUCUUUCUUUAAGUUAAUAAAUAUGCUUAUUUGCUUUA